ACUUUUGACUAAAUAUUAAUGUUUACUGCUUAAAUAUUAAAUUGUAAACAGUUUUGUUGCUCUUCACUAUCUGUUGAACUGUCAGGGGAAUUAUCAGUCUUUUUUCCCUAUUUCAGUCAUUUUUUGUUAAUGCAUCAUGUUUACCUAAAAUAACUAAUACGUCCAAAUCAGUCUCUUCAGGUGUUUCGCAGAGGUUUUGAUAAGGCUUGGCUUUUGAUGAGUCCUUAAGUUAGUUAGAUUCUGGUCGGAGUAAGCGUAGGGUUGGGCUGGAGAAACGGCGUGGCACUAGGACCCAGGGGGCUCCCGCGAGCGGAUCUUGGGGCCAGAUUGCAAAUUCGCGGUGACUCAGUCUGGUCGGCUCCUUGCGCUCGGCGGCCGCGGCGGCAGCAGCAGCAGCAGACGUUGGCGGCCGGGCUGCUGAGAGCAGUUCCUCCGGCUUUCAGCGUCCCAGACUUCCUUCGGGCCACCCCGGGCAGCAAACCAAGAUGGAGUAUGAGUGGAAACCUGACGAGCAAGGACUUCAGCAAAUCCUGCAGCUGUUGAAGGAGUCCCAGUCCCCAGACACCACCAUCCAGAGAACUGUGCAACAAAAACUGGAACAACUCAAUCAAUAUCCGGAUUUUAACAACUACUUGAUUUUUGUUCUUACCAAGUUAAAAUCUGAAGAUGAACCUACAAGAUCAUUGAGUGGUCUCAUCUUGAAGAAUAAUGUAAAAGCACAUUUUCAGAACUUCCCAAAUGGUGUAACAGAUUUUAUUAAAAGUGAAUGUUUAAAUAAUAUUGGUGACUCCUCUCCUCUAAUUAGAGCUACAGUUGGUAUUUUGAUUACAACCAUAGCCUCCAAGGGAGAAUUGCAGAAUUGGCCUGACCUCUUACCGAAACUCUGUAGUCUGUUGGAUUCCGAAGAUUACAACACCUGUGAGGGAGCAUUUGGUGCUCUUCAAAAAAUAUGUGAAGAUUCGGCUGAAAUUUUAGAUAGUGAUGUUUUAGAUCGUCCUCUCAACAUCAUGAUUCCCAAAUUUUUGCAGUUCUUCAAGCACAGUAGUCCAAAAAUAAGGUCUCAUGCUGUUGCAUGUGUCAAUCAGUUUAUCAUCAGCAGGACUCAAGCUCUGAUGUUGCACAUUGAUUCUUUUAUUGAGAAUCUCUUUGCACUGGCUGGUGAUGAAGAACCAGAGGUACGGAAAAAUGUGUGCCGGGCCCUUGUGAUGCUACUUGAAGUCAGGAUGGAUCGCCUGCUUCCUCACAUGCAUAAUAUAGUUGAGUACAUGCUACAGAGGACUCAAGAUCAAGAUGAAAAUGUGGCUUUAGAAGCCUGUGAAUUUUGGCUAACUUUAGCUGAACAGCCAAUAUGCAAAGAUGUACUCAUAAGGCAUCUUCCUAAGUUAAUUCCUGUGUUAGUGAAUGGCAUGAAAUACUCAGAUAUAGAUAUCAUCCUGCUUAAGGGUGAUGUUGAAGAAGAUGAAACAAUUCCUGAUAGUGAACAGGAUAUAAGGCCACGUUUUCACCGAUCAAGAACAGUGGCCCAGCAGCACGAUGAAGAUGGAAUUGAAGAGGAAGAUGAUGAUGAUGAUGAAAUUGAUGACGACGAUACAAUUUCUGACUGGAAUUUAAGAAAGUGUUCUGCUGCUGCCCUAGAUGUUCUUGCAAAUGUGUAUCGUGAUGAGCUACUGCCACAUAUUUUGCCCCUUUUGAAAGAAUUACUUUUUCAUCACGAGUGGGUUGUUAAAGAAUCAGGCAUCUUGGUUUUAGGAGCAAUUGCUGAAGGUUGCAUGCAAGGCAUGAUUCCAUACUUGCCUGAGCUCAUUCCUCACCUUAUUCAGUGCCUCUCUGAUAAAAAGGCUCUUGUGCGUUCCAUAACGUGCUGGACUCUUAGCCGCUAUGCACACUGGGUAGUCAGCCAGCCCCCGGACACGUACCUGAAGCCAUUAAUGACGGAACUGCUCAAGCGCAUCCUGGAUAGCAACAAGAGAGUACAAGAAGCUGCCUGCAGUGCCUUUGCUACCCUAGAAGAGGAAGCUUGUACAGAACUUGUUCCUUACCUUGCUUAUAUACUUGAUACCCUGGUCUUCGCAUUUAGUAAAUACCAGCAUAAGAACUUGCUCAUUCUUUACGAUGCCAUAGGAACAUUAGCGGAUUCAGUAGGACAUCAUUUAAACAAACCAGAAUACAUUCAGAUGCUAAUGCCUCCACUGAUCCAGAAAUGGAACAUGUUAAAGGAUGAAGAUAAAGAUCUCUUCCCUUUACUUGAGUGCCUAUCUUCGGUUGCCACAGCCCUGCAGUCUGGCUUCCUUCCCUACUGUGAACCUGUGUAUCAGCGUUGUGUAAAUCUAGUACAGAAGACACUUGCACAAGCCAUGCUGAACAAUGCUCAGCCUGAUCAAUAUGAGGCUCCAGAUAAAGAUUUUAUGAUAGUGGCUCUUGAUUUACUGAGUGGCCUGGCUGAAGGACUUGGAGGCAACAUUGAACAACUGGUGGCCCGAAGUAACAUCCUAACGUUAAUGUAUCAGUGCAUGCAGGAUAAAAUGCCAGAAGUUCGACAGAGUUCUUUUGCCCUAUUAGGUGACCUGACAAAAGCUUGCUUUCAGCACGUUAAGCCUUGUAUAGCUGAUUUCAUGCCAAUCUUGGGAACGAACCUAAAUCCAGAGUUCAUUUCAGUCUGCAACAAUGCCACAUGGGCAAUUGGAGAAAUCUCUAUUCAAAUGGGUAUAGAGAUGCAGCCUUAUAUUCCUAUGGUGUUGCACCAGCUUGUAGAAAUCAUUAACAGACCCAACACACCAAAGACGUUGUUAGAGAAUACAGCAAUAACAAUUGGUCGUCUUGGUUACGUUUGUCCUCAAGAGGUGGCCCCCAUGCUACAGCAGUUUAUAAGACCCUGGUGCACCUCUCUGAGAAACAUAAGAGACAAUGAGGAAAAAGAUUCCGCAUUCCGUGGGAUUUGUACCAUGAUCAGUGUGAAUCCCAGUGGUGUAAUUCAAGAUUUUAUAUUUUUUUGUGAUGCUGUUGCAUCAUGGAUUAACCCAAAAGAUGAUCUCAGAGACAUGUUCUGUAAGAUCCUUCAUGGAUUUAAAAAUCAAGUUGGGGAUGAAAAUUGGCGGCGUUUCUCUGACCAGUUUCCUCUUCCCUUAAAAGAGCGUCUUGCAGCUUUUUACGGUGUUUAAUCUAAUACACUUAAGCUGCAGUCCCAAAAUUAGGGUCCUUCGGUCUUGGAGACUAUGAGGGAGCCUCUGCACCCAGGGAAAAUGUUACCCUUUACAGGGGGGAAGGGUAAACCAGUAGGGAAUACAGUACAAUCCCAACCCUACUGGGAGGGGCGGGAGGGAGGUGUUGCCGUCACUGUAUUAAGUCGAUGUUGGGAAACGUUUUAACAUCUGGAGCUUUUGUGGGUGGAAAUCUGUCUCCAAUUACAACUCCGCACUGGAUGUGAAGAGGAAAAAAAAAUGUUCAGUCUGCUCACAAAACAGUACAUUCUGGAAUAUUAUGGGGAAUUGUACCAAAACAAGAACCAUAUAAAUGAUGCAUAGGGAUAAGAACGAGGAAAAAUUCUAUAGCGCACAAUAAAGGAAACCUGAGGGGGUUACAAACAGUAAAGAAGCUUUUUUUUUUUUAUUCAAAGAUUUUUAUAUACAUUUUCCCACAUGCUGGGUCAUUGUUUUGCAUGCUGAUGAAGAACUACACAAACGAAACUAAUAAGAGUUAAAAUCAGCUUGCCUUCCCAAAGUAGAAGCAGGUUCUUGGAAGUUACAAUUUAAGGUACCCCCCCCCCCCCAAAAAAAAGUUGGAAAUAAAACAAAACAAAUUUAAGCAAAGAAGCACCCUGUGAAAUGCCAAAUGAGUCACUCCUUUUACCUUUGUGGGGUGGGCAGGGAGGGAAGAAUUGGGGGUGGGCGUAUCAAACUAAAGAUGACAUCUUAAUUUUACAUUAAACAUAAAUGUAGUGGAUAUAAUUUGAUGUUCGUACUUUAUUAGAUUUAAUUUCUAGGCCAAGAUGUUAUUUUUAAAGUGCAGUUUAAGGUUCAGGCAUGCAUUCUGGCUCAUAGUGAUUGAAAGUAAUUUAAAUUAGUGGGGAAGUAGCAUGCUUGCAUCACAUAGAGUGAGGUUGGUAUUCAUUUACCUAUGUUGGCGCCAGUUUGUGUUGCAGUUUACCAAUUCAAUAUAGCCCUGCAUUUAAAAUUCCUUUUUAAGAUUUGUGGAUUUUAUUUUUAUUGAGAAUAUAGGUAUAUAAAGUACUGUAGUUUACAGCUAGGCCUUGAAAUAUCUUUUUUUAGGAUCUGUUAGGAAUAAGAUUGAUAUUGUAUUGUGUGUAACCUGCACAAUGUGGAAAGCUGAUAUACCUGUGCAAAAUCUUUGCCUCUGUGCUGUCAGUGUGAUGUGCUUUCUGCAUGGUUAUAUACUACUAGUGAUUUUAUCAAAACUUCAAAAUAUAAAUUACAUGGUAAAAGAUCUGUAAAAGGCUGCAUAAAUGUUAGUUGGCACAUAAAGACAAUUGUAGAUGUUGAAAAUGAUUGCUAUAUUUCAGUGUUUAUCCCCACUCAACAUAAUGCCUUCUAAGCUUUUUUUUUCUUUUUUUUUUUCAAAGCAUGAUCUUAAAGAUAUGUUUAAGUUAAUGGAUGUAAUGCAGGGUUCCUACACUGUAUUGGCGCAUGUUGGUGGCCCUCUGUGCCCUAGAUAUAUGCACACGGGUGCAAGUUAAAAGCUACAGAGUGAAAGUUGGUUUGGAUCCUCUUCAUUUCAUUUGUUUAGCUUUUCUGUUAUUUUUCUCUACUUAACAUGUAUUCCUGUGAAUAAAUCCUUGUUAAGUUAACCCUUUACUUUUCCUUUCAUGUGUAUUUUCUUAUAUACUGUGAAUGUGAAACCUAACUGGUACACUUGAUCUUGUGUCCAUAUGAAAGUGCAAGUCUUUAUUAAUUAGGAUUGCCUGAACAGUGUAUCCCAUGAUGAUGAAGGAAAAUGGAGAGAUUUUUCUUUUUAACUCUGCUGGUCAGAUAUGAAGCCACGCCUUUCCAUUUUUCAAUGCUGCAUAUUUAAUCUGCAACAAAAAUGUUAAGCCAUAACAGCCUUUUUAUAUUUUAGUUUGUCACCUUUGCAUUGCAGAAUAAAUACUGAAUAACCAUUUUUAUAAGCAGUUGCUCCUCUUUGCAUGGUUCUAUUCUCUAAAAGUGUUGAAUGAUACAGCCAUUGCACUGAAGUUUGAGCUGUGUGCGUGUGAAUUUAAAAGUACUGUUUCAAAAAAUUUCAAAUGCAUGGUAGCAUGCAGAAAGGUUUUUGUGUGUGUGUGUGUGUUUAACGUUCUUUCACCUUCCUUCCUUUACUUUGGCUUCGCAAAUUUCAGUCUGUAGAUCCUGAAAUUAAAUUAUUUUAUAAUGCCCAAUUUUUAUAUAAGUUGGAUUCAAAGGGUUUGUGGCGUUUUGCUUUCUAGUACCAUUGCUUCCCUAGAAGCCAAAAAAGUGAUUCCUAUUUAAUCUUUGAUAAACUGCAUAGGGUAGCUAUUUUAUUCUACAAUGUCAUCCUGUAGUUCUUCAAAUACUUUUUAGAAUCUAAUAGUCCAGAUAUUUUAAUAUUCUGGAAUAGGUAAUAUUUUAAAUUAAAAGAAAUGGCCAGAUUUUUCUCUAAACAGUUAAGCAAAAACAACCUUUAGUAAAGUUACAUGAGCCUAUGAUUCACAAUUUUAUAUUCACUAAAGCAGUAUUGUCACCUGUCUGAUUAAAAUUAGUUUAAGCAGAUUAAAUACCUCUUUAAGAAUGUGUUCAUUUUUGUGGUCACUUGACCUGUUUUUAAAUUGAAAGGAAAUUUAAUUAAAUAGAAAAUAAAAAGUAAAUAUGACUGACAACCUGAGAGUGGGUUGGGGUUUUUCUAUUUUUUUCCCCCUAGAGUUUAUCGUUUCUUUCCUAAUUUAUAUUAUAUUUCAGAUACAUAGGGUAGCACAGGAAUUUGCAGAAUCCAUUUAAGUUAUCUAUUGAGGUAAGCUCUGAUUUAGCAUUUAUUGUGAUAAAACCUAGUACAUCAUGGGAUAUAUGUAAAACAACUUAAUUUUUGUGGUGUAGUCUUACUAGUUUUGAGUGUUGACUGAAUGUGAAAUUGUGAGUUUGUCUUUGUUACAUUCCAGUGUUUCUGCCUCUUGGCAUGCUUAAAGCACGGCUUACUUCAUCUGCUCCUUACACACUAAAAUGCUCUUAGUGUGCUCAACUACAAAAAUAGCCGCUGCUAAGUGAUGUAGAUUUUCUACUUGAAUAUUUUUAUGUUGUAGGAACCUCAGGAGGUCAGUGUUUACUGUUUUAUAUAUGCCUUCUUUUUCCUGUUUGAGCUUCUCUCUUUGAAGGAUUCUAACAGAAUAAAAGCUGCUGAUCAACCUAAGUUGGAAACAGAAAGUAUAUUUAAUAUAAUUUAAAUGCAUAUUUGGCGGUUCCAUAUUACAGCCCAUUAGCAAGUAAACUUUGUGCCACAAGUAUCAUUUAUUCAAGAAAGAAUUUUGCUUUUUGUAUUGUCUAAUCUCUUUAAUGACUUCAUACUGUAAAAAGAAAUCACUUUUUUAAUAUUUUUAGUUGGUUAUUUCCCAAAUAAUCAACAUGUAAAUAAUCUUUAAGAGCCAGUUCUGAUGCUUUACAUUAUUGCUACUUGAUUUUGUUACGCCAGUUAUAUUUCAGAAGAAUAGAUUUUUAAAACACUUAACCAAGCCAUUACAUCUUUAAAACAAAACAAGUAGCAUACAGUUUUGUAAUUAACGUAUUGAUAAACACUGUGAUGGGUUUGUUUUCUCUUUUUUUUUUUUUGGUUAAUUUUUUUCAUUGAUCUGAAUUGCUUAAAUUGCAUAUAUUGUAAAAUAGGAUCAGAUGUAUAUUUUAAAGCAAUUUCAGCUAACUUUCCUCUUGAAAUGCUUUGUCUACUCAGUUAUAAAAUAUUCAGAUACAAGUUUUAUCUCAGGUGAAUACUCGUGUAUCUUUUUUACUUUGGUGACAUAUGCUUAUAAAGGUCAUCAUACUUAAAUUCUUUGGGUUUUCGCGUAUUUCAUUGAGAUUCAUUAUCAUGCUUCCUAUCAAUCUAGCAGAUGCGGUGGUAUAAAGCCAUCCCCACAGUCCUUUUGCAUGCAGGUAUACCUAAAAGAGAGUUAAAUUUGGUCCUCAUUUUCUCUAAACCCUACAAUAAGAAAGUGGAAGAUUGCUUCUCUAUAUAAAAUUAUCCUGCAAAGCAGAAAUGCCAAAAUUAAACUAAUUAUGUCUUAAGUCCUUAAAUGUAUGUCCUUUGCCAUGAAAAGGCAAGAAAAAGUGUUUUGGGGUUUUUGUUUGUGGUUUUGUUUUUUUUCUUUUUUCUUUUUUUUUUUUUUUGCUUCAUGUAGUUAAUCUAUAUUAUUCAUAUUGAAUGUAUUAACAGAUAAUGGUGCAAAAACAUUCUUCCCAAGAGAAGAGUGUAUCAUGCAUAAUUGCAGUUUCAAUCCUUCCUUUGGUAUAGUACUUCAAGACACACAGCUUUGCUUAUUGAAAUAUUUUUGCAAGUAAUACAAGAGGGGAAAACACUAAUUGUUGCUACUAGUGAUCUUAAUAAAAUGUAGGCUUGUAUACUUUAAGGGAACUGUGGUCUUCAGAUAGUUAAGGGCCUGGGAUAACUUAGGUGAAAAGUCAGAUUAAUAAUGAGCUGUGUUAACAAUAUUAUCUGGUAAUAAUGCCAUGCAAUAUAGCAAUGUAUUAUUAGUGCAUUUCAUAGUAUAUUAAAUAUUCAGAUACUUCUAAUGCCUCUUUAAAAUUUUUACAUAAAAGUUAGUUUUACUCACCUGUACACUUUCCAGGUUACUUGCGACUAAUUUUUUCAGUCUUACUUAGAUCUUUCCCCCAUUGGCAUUACUUAUGUAGAUCUAUGCCUAAUUAUUAUACAUAUAAAUUUUUAAACUAUACAUUUAAAUUACAGCAACUGUUGUGGUUUGUAUCCCAGAAUGUAUUUUUUUUAAAGAUGCAUAAUAGUUGAAUGUAUGCAUGAUUUUGAGAGGUUAAAAUGGUGAUUUUUUUUUCACCUCUUGUACAUUUUAAAACCAAGCCAAAUCUGUUUGCCAAGCAGUAUAUUGCUAAUUAGAAAACUAGUAGUAGUCUUCCUUUUACUACAGUUUUGAUUUAUUUGCCAUAGAAUUCCCUUAUACUGUGGCUUGGUAUUAUAUAGGAUUAGGUAUUUUAUAAGUCUUAAUCUUUCUUUAAAGCUUACUAUAUAACAUGGUUAGCCUAUAAGGCAAUCAGUGUUGGUCCCCUUCUAAUAGCAGCCUCAUAAAGGGUUCCACUGUAUUUUCCUCAGAAUACUUUGUUGUUUUCCUUCGUGGAUAUAUAACCAAAUUGAGCUUGGAUGAUUUUAAUGGAGAUAAUUAGAUAAUACUGUGUACUUAAUUUUACUUAAUAGAAUACCAUCUUGUGAGAACAGACGUUUAAAUGACUUCACUUCCUAUUACAAAACAGUUUUACAAGUAAUAUGUUAACAUCGGGUGCAAUAAUUUAGUAGUGUUAGCUUUAGUUACAAAUAACUGGAUCUUUCUGCUGACAACUUAGGUUGUAUGAGUUAUGCUUAAAAGCUUUAAAUCUGAUGUUUCCUGUACCUGCCACACUAUGUUAGAAUGUGUCCUUCAAACAUACCUUCCUGCAAUUUCUCAAACUGUACUAAAUUGAUAUUCCUUGAAGUCUAACUCUGUGCUAACAGAUCUUCAUUUUAAAUAGAAUAUGGUUUUAAUUUUUGAUAAGCUGCUGAAUUUUAAAGAGAGUUUUUUGGGGCCACCAAAUAUUUUGGAUCAUGCAGAGAAUAUAUAUUGUACUGUAGUAAUUUUGUAUUUACAUUUGUAUGAUGUGACAUAAUAGAUGUGAAUGUUAAUCACUGCUUGACUAUGUUAAUAAAGUUGUUUAACUAUA